UGAUGCUGCACGCGCUCACCGCUCAUAACGCUUACCGCUCGCUCCGCUCAGAGCGCUUCGUAACCGUGACAACACGUGUUGUGUAGUGAACAAGACUGUGUUUGUGUGUGGUGUUUUAUUGUUCGGAUUAUUUUGUUUUUGAUAAAAAUAGAAAUCAUGGGCUAGUACUACAAAAACUCGAAAAUGAAUGAAAGUCGCGAACGUUUUCGUCGCGAGAGAGAGAGGGAGAAGAACACAUACACCUCUCCUCGUCUCGCGUUGCGACGAGUGCUGCUAUUGGCUGAAGGUCGCCAGUUCAGGGAGGCUGCGGCGAUACUGUCCCGGCUCGGCCCAGCGGUGCUGCAGAGCGUUGCGUCUGAAUUACCUGUCGAUUUACUGGUGGAAGCGUUGCCGCAUUCCGCCCAUCUUAUUGAAACUUUAUUGAACAGGUUAAUAUCGCUGGAAGUGUCUCCCCGGCCGGAGAUACAAUGCGAGGCGGUGGCGUGGAGACUGGUGGGGCUGCUGGGAGCUGACCAGGGUUCCGGAGUUCGAGCCAGGACCGCGAGGCUGUCCUGCGCCCUCGUGCAUUACACUCCUGAUACAAGAGACGCUAUCGAUGCCAGGAGGCGGCAGCUGGAUGCUGCUGUUCAGGGUCUUGGCACCCACGGUCUCACUGCUGAUGUGUCAGGAACGCUCAUUUCCCUGCACGUGGCCAUGAAGAAUGAGCUUCAGAGACACGUGGAGGUCUACAAGCAGGCACUACAUAAGCUGGAGGAACUGUCUUCGGUCACAGUGAACCAGGACCCAGCGUCCUCAUCACACCAGCGUCUCCUGGCCCUCUCCCACGCAGACGUGGAGCGGCGGCUGAUAGACAACAAGUCCUUGCUGACCAUUGUUGAUAAGCCAGCUCUACGGCAAUUACCGACUCUGGUCUCUUCCUUAGCAGCCAGGGUCGAGAGUGAUAAAGCUGUCCUGGCUUGCAUUGGGCAGAUUAAGAGGAGUGACCCUACCCUGGAUUUGAAUGAUACCAGGCCGGUGGCUGGCGUUCUCAUGAGCUACUCUCGAGGUUGCGCAGCGGUACUCAGUCAGAUGUCCGAAGGCGAUAGUGUCGGCGGAGGGUCAGUGGCUCCUCGUUCACCCACUGAUUCCGCCUCUGACGGAUACCAUUCUGACAGCGAUGAUUCACAGCAAGAUCCAGACAGGAGUAAGCUGGUGUCGCAGUACGCAGCGGUGUGGGCGCGCGCCGCUGACGAGACGCUGCCGGCGCUGUCAGCGCUGGAACCACUUCGGCAGACGCCGCAUCUCAAGUACAAGAUCGUGUUCUCUGUGGCUGUUCUUUCGUUUCGAGCGGCUAUCAGUCUACGUGAUCGCCGCUUAAAUGAAGUAAAGGCCCUCCUUGGAGCCAAUGAUGACGAGUUGGGCUCCAGCGAGGCAAGCGCUGCAAGCGUUGCUAGGUUGGUGACAGCCGCUACACGUGUUAUGCUGCACACAGCGCACAGUUUCCCGCUAGGAGAGGCUGAACGGACAGUUAUUAACCAGGUAACAAGUACACUGCGCGAGUACCCGUGCCUGAACUCGUGCGGGGCCCUGCACGCGCUGGCGGCGGCGGCGUGUCGCGCAGCCUGGGCGCUCAGCCUCCGCGCGCCACCACUCAGGAUCGACACUGAUUUUACACCAGUGGUGAUGAACCCAGAGAAGCAUGUGCGAUUCUCGUCGGACCCUCGCGACCGUCGCUCCGACCUCAUCAAGUCGUUCGUGUGGCCAGCCCUGAUGGAUGGCAAUCGGUGCGUCUUCAGAGCCAUCGUCAUUACGUGAUUACUUCUAGAACAUUCUAAAUCGGGUCUUAAUCUAAGAAUAUUAUCGGUAGAUAUUUAUGAUAUAUUUUUGUGUAAAAUUUUAUACCUAUUUUCAAUGUAAACAUUGUAUUUUUUCAUACACCUUGAUGUGAUGGAAAUCAGAGUUUAUAACUUGUGCUUAUUAAUUGUAACACCACACAUACAGAAAUCUACGCAUAGCCAACAUUUAAAAACAAUCCUGUCCACUUAGAACAAGUCUUACCUUGUGAGUGUGAGCAACUAAAAGGGACUUUCGGAUCCCCAAUACCAAUAAGAAAUAAAAAAAAUCUCAUUGGAAUCGAGCUGUCGACCUCUUACUUAACAGCAGGUCCAUUUCCCAUCGGGUUAGACUUUCGAAGUAUCUCUCGAUAUUUAAGUAGAAAACGUAGAUUAUAUUUAAUUGCGGAUUAUGACGAGAUUCUACAUAGUUACAAAUUUUUGUCUAAAUCGAAAAAGUUUGUAUUGGGUCUAGAAACUUCUAGACACAAGUAGUUUACGAAUAAAAGGGUAAUGCUAUUGGUUGACGUCACUAAUAAUUGUUAAGUGUCAUGACUACUUCUGGAAGGACAAGUAAUAAAAGAAAGCUGAGUAAUAAUAUAUGACUCAAUGUUCUUGAUACGCUCAUAUCGACAUUAUUUCUUGUGUAGAUCAUUUCUAGUACAUAGUCGAUAACACAAUAAGCUAUUACUAAGAACUUCACCUGUAUUUCAGUUAAAUAUUUGCAAAGUAAAUAAAUACACUGUACAAAAUACAAUAAAAUCAUAUUUAUAUUAAGGUUUAUUUAUUGUAUUUGAAUAAAGGAUUUUUCACAUCGA